AUGGCUUCGGGCUUGCGUUCACCUACCACGCCCCGCUCCGGCGCGGCCUCGCCACGCCAGACGUUCGAUGUGGAGUUGCUGCGCGCGUAUAUGAAGAAACUCCUCCAGACGACCUUGCACAACGCUAGCUGGCCAGAACCGAGGGAGCGCGACCGCAUCAAGGCGUGGAUGAAGGAGAUCGGCGAACGGGUCAAGGAACGAAUGCUUGAGAUACAACCUAGAGGAUUUAAGUUUAUCGUUAUGACACAGAUCAAUGAAAAUUUGGGGCAGGGAGGGAGAGCAGAUAUGGCGUGCCACUGGGAAGACUCGGAUGCUGUAGCUCAGGAAGUAUUUUCAAAUAAUUCCAUCAUUUGCAUAUGUAUCGCAUUCGCCGUACGGACAAUUUGA